AAAUUGUAUUUUUGUAAGAGAAAAAUGAGACGAGUGGUUUGCAGACAGUGGUUGCGCGUACGUUGCACAUUUUUCAAAUUUUUUUUUUUUUUGUGUCCACACUACAAGUAAAUGAAAAAAGAGGUCUUUUAAAAUCUACCAAGAUUCGUGUCUUGGUUUAAUUUUGUAGCAGCGAUUGACAUUCUAAGAGAAGAUCCAGAAGAUUGAGGCACUGUUAAGGCAUCUUCGUCUUCAUCCGCGAUAUCUAACACGAAGCGGCCGCGAAGACCUACAAAGCGCCGAGCUUUCGUUGCGUGAAUGGCCUUGGUCGAAGCUGCGUAUUAGGCGAUAAACUGUAUCGAUCGCGUUGUCCCCGUAAAACUCAUUCCCAUUUGUGUGUCUCUUUUCAUUUUCCUUUCCGUAAUUUAUUUAUCUAACGAGGUGGAGAGAAAAAAAACGAAGUGAAACGAAUGGACCCCCGUAUUUACUCCAUUUCAGACGUAUUUACGCGGUAAUCGGAUUGCGCUCCGAGAGAGACGUUCCUACUUUAUUGGACAUCGUGUAAACCUCCUAUUACGAGGAAAAUUGCAACGGCAAAGAAUCUUUCGAUUUUUGCUGGCACAAGCAGAACGUUCGCUUCUUCAGAUAGAUAAAUUCCACAAAAUCAUUUCCGGGUAUACGAUUUGUUUAAAGUUGGUCUACAUAUUCGUUCCUGAAAUCAAAUUGUUGACAUUUAUAAUGACAUUUGUACGUAAGAGAGAAAGAAUAUGAAACUUGCCGUUGGAUCAUCUUUUUGAAGGAUAAUGUGUCCCGACACUAUCGAGUGCCCCGUCGUUGUAUCGUUCAUCCUGUAUCGCUCGAGAUAAGAGUCGGAUCAUGGUGGACAAGUUGCACGAAUACGAGGGAUUCGCGGGUAGAAUUCACGGUGUUCGCGAAGCCAUCAAAGAACGAUGGAGUGCGUGGAAGGAAUGGAAAAACGGUCUGAAUCUGGAUCAAGGUCUAGACGGACUGAGGCAUCAUCUACGGGGGCCGCCUAAGCUGGAGCGCACGUUGGAGGACUAUUCUCAUAUCUACAGAAGGAAGACCCGUGCCGAGCUGGUCCGAAUUUCGGCGGCCGUGAUGGGGAUCGAGUUCUCAUACGCGGCGGAAACCGCCUUCGUUUCGCCGACGUUGUUGAAGAUCGGUGUCGAUCACCAACGUAUGACGCUGGUGUGGGCGCUGAGUCCUCUCGUAGGUUUUUUCGUGACGCCUAUCCUCGGCAGUAUAAGCGACCGUUGUAAACUCAAGCACGGCAGGAGGCGACCCUUCAUUCUUCUGCUGGCCCUCGGGGUUUUCAUAGGCCUGAUUCUAGUGCCAAACGGUGAACACAUUGGCUACGUGUUCGGCGAUACGACGUCUCGUACGAACGAGACGAUUCCCCUCGGACAUCGCACAACGGCAAAGUUAGCCAAAGAGGAAGCGUCUGAAUCCGUUGAAAGGGCUUCCUCGCACUCCUGGGGUAUCCUCUUCACGAUUCUCGGCACGGUGCUGCUCGACUUUGACGCUGACGCUUGUCAGAGCCCCGCGAGAGCUUAUCUCCUCGAUGUUACUAUACCCGAGGAUCACGCUAGGGGCUUAAGCACGUUCACCAUAAUGGCGGGUUUAGGGGGCUUCAUGGGCUAUGGUUUGGGCGGCAUCAAUUGGGACGCUACUUCGCUCGGCGUUAUGCUGGGCGGGCACGUGCAAGUGACCUUCACUCUGAUCACGAUUAUCUUCAUCAUUUGUGUCAUAUGCACGAUUACCAGCUUCAAGGAGAUCCCACUCGAGGUACUCGAGAGAGAUCAGUACAGGCAGACGGAAGAAUCGAAGGCAUCGGAGGAAAUUCAAGGGACGGAGAACAAGCGAGACGAGCGCGAGAAGAUCAUCCACGACGAGUCGAAGACAUACGGUGCCCUUGAUGUUGAACGCGAGGCAGAAGCACCGAAGACGGAAGAAUUCACCCUCGAUCCGCAACUCUCCGAUCGUCCUGAAGAUCCAGUUUUCAGAGAUAGUCACGUCAACUACGGCUUCGAGGGUGAAACAAAUCCCAGAGCAACCUUAAAGGAGUAUCUGCUGUCAAUCGUCUACAUGCCACACAGUCUCCGUUUGGUGUGUUUGACGAAUCUGUUUUGCUGGAUGGCACAUGUGUGUUAUUCCCUGUACUUCACGGACUUCGUGGGCGAGGCAGUGUACGGCGGAAAUCCGCGAGCGCCCGCGGACACCAAUGAACGAGAGCUCUACGAGGAGGGAGUGCGAUUCGGAUGCUGGGGAAUGUCUAUGUAUUCGUUGUCCUGUUCAUGCUACUCGCUUAUCAUUGAGCGGCUGAUUCAGCGUUUCCGCGCGCGUAAGGUCUACAUCUACGCGCUGCUCUUCUAUAGCGUCGGCAUGCUUCUGAUGGCCCUAAUGAAACACCAGGUCGGCGUCAUCCUCUUCUCGUGGACCGCCGGUGUCAUGUAUUCCACGCUGUUUACCAUGCCGUAUCUACUGAUUGCGCACUAUCACACGUCCUCGACUUUCGCCCUCACGAGCGACGAGGGCGACGCAAUUUCCGGCGGUUUCGUACGCGGAUUGGGAACCGACGUCGCCAUCGUCUCCUCCAUGGUGUUUCUUGCGCAAUUCUUGCUAUCUUGUUGUCUAGGUACGAUCGUCAACCUCACAGGCUCCACUGCGGCGGUAGUGUAUGUGGCCAGUUUUCUGGCGAUGUGCGGCGCAGCCUCGGCUACGCGAAUCAUGUACCUAGAUUUAUGAAUCUCGGCUCGUAGAUCGACCGAAACUUUGGACGUUAAGCUUAAUCGUAUUGUCUUUGCCAAUUAUAUUUUACUAACAAAUUGUUAAUUAUUAUUAUACGAAACAGCCAAGUGUUUCAAAUAUUACUAUUGUAUUGUGUAUUUUAAUUGUCUAAGCUUUAUCUUUAGUUCCUUAUAACUUAAUUAAUUAACGGACGGAAUUAAAAGGACGGAUGUGCAUACAACAUGUAUAACAUAUAACAAAUAAACAAUCGAUCAAU